AUGGAUAUUUUGUUUGAACAUUCCGAGCUCGUCGAUAGUGAGGAGGUCGCUCGUGUGUGUGCAACUAGUCUUCCUGUUCGCAGAAGCAAGUACGCAGAUGUGGCAGAAAGUGCUCUUGUGGAAUUCCAUCGACAAUGGCAGACGGAAGUGGGACUUGCUUUCCAUGGAGGAAGCUCUCCCAAAGGGCCUGUUACUGCUUUCUUCCCUCCGGAAGUGAAGCCAGAUCGGGUUGAGAUUUUUACAAAGCUGAUUGAGUACUUUUGUGCUCACGACGUAUUAGAUGUGGUCACAACUAGUGGCAGUUCACAGACUCAUCCGAAAGAAGCACCCGAAUCAGUCGGAUGGGAAGUACGAAAGAGCGAAGCCACCGGUCUUCAAGUUAGCGCAAUAAAGCAGAUACAGUCCCAGGUGUUUCUGCGUCUUCUGGAAGUUGACCGAAAACGAGGCAAUCUUGUCCUCAAGGCCAUUAAUAAUCUAUCAAAGAUUCAUGAGACAUUAGGUGCGGCUGACUUUAAGUCUUGGGAUGAGUUAUUGCAGUAUCGUGUGUAUGAUUUUGGGACAGAGUUCAGUUUGAUGUCAAUCGCGUAUUGCUGCGAGCUGGACUUGACAUCCACAGACAUUGAGGACCUGAAGCCAAUUUGGUGGCCCGCCACUGCUACGGCAGCCCUUGUCAACGACUUGUAUAGCUUCAACAAAGAAGUGGCCAUAGAGCUCCCUACCAAAUCUAUGAUGUCGAAUGCGGUCUGGUACUUGAUGAAAACGCUUAACUUGACUGUGUCCCAGGCCAAGGUCUUGCUGUUAAAAGAGAAGAUAGCCCCACUAGAAAGGGAAUUCAUAACCAGGAAAAAGGAGUAUCUGGCUAGUGUUGACUGCACAGCUAAGUCGAAGGACGUCGCCUACUUCCUAGAGAUGGUUGGUUUAGGACUAUCCGGGAAUUGGUACUGGAGCGCUGUCGCUGAUCGUUUCCAUCGAUGGAUGGAUGUUCCCAAUCUGGCGGGUUUGACGCCGUUCAAUGGACCCUUAUUCAAGUUCGAUGAACACACAGCAACAUGCGCUACUCUUUUAAAGGGAUCAUCCCUAGGAAAUGAGAAACACAGUUUCCUAAGCAAUAUCGAGAUAUCAGCGAAGGAUUCAUACCACGAGAUCCUCAAGCAGCCGAUCCAAUACCUUCGAAGUGUUCCAUCCAAGAAUGUAAGAGGUACCAUCAUUCAAGCCUUGAACGUAUGGCUCAAAGCACCGGAAACGGCAGCCAGUCAAGUAGAAGGCAUAAUUGGUCAUCUUCACGACUCUUCACUUCUUCUUGACGAUAUCCAAGACAACUCGGAGCUCCGAAGAGGCUGUCCAGCUACGUAUCGUGUUUUUGGGGUGCCACAGACUAUUAACGCUGCAACCUUUGCUCUUACAUUGGCUUUUGAGAAGGCUGCUCCGUUGAUGCAGAUAGAGGAAGUCCGGAAUCUUCACCUAGGGCAAGCGAUGGAUCUUCACUGGACGCGGUGUGGGCAAUGUCCGACUAUCACGGAGUAUAUGGAGAUGAAUCGGCUAAAAACCGGCGCAUUGUUUUGCCUCGCUAGCCAUCUUUUAUACAUUCACGGGACAUUCCCUGCUGAAACAAUCCAACAAACUGAUCUUACAGAUCUCAUGACCCUCCUAGGCCAAUACUUCCAAGCCCGUGAUGAUUAUAUAAACCUCGCAUCGGCAAAGUACCAAAAAGAAAAAGGCUUCGCGCAAGACCUCGACGAAGGCAAAUUCUCCCUCCCCUUGAUUCACGUCAUGACGCAUUCUCCGAAUCAGGUACUGCUCCGAAAUAUUCUCUGUGAGAGAGCCAGAGACUCCGGGUUGUCAAACGAUCUAAAGAAAUUGAUCUUGAACGAGAUGCGAGAGCAAGACAGUCUCGAGUUCACUGAAGAGACGUUGCGGUCUCUGGAAGGAAAGAUCAAGCAACAGCUUGAGAUAAUUGAGACUUCUACUGGAAUCAAGAAUUAUGUAUUCCGUUUCCUAUUGGAUCGGUUGAGGGAGAUGCAAACUUUUGAGGGUGUAUAUACUUAA